AGUGAACACGAGUGUGGCGUGGCCCUGUUGUUUGCUGUGUGGCUCAGAAAUCCCAGUGAGGAAGGGGCAUCUUAGAACUGAGAAUGUCUUCUGCUAGCACAACUUCCUCUAUUUGGGAAGGGUAUACAAGCGUUCCCACUGCUUCUGAAACUCCAUUUAUAGUUAAUCCUGUCACACUUGUUUGUGAACCAGAGAUAUAUCCAGCCCUGCCAAUUGCUCUUAUCUGCAUCCUGGUGUGUUUCCUUGCCGUGACAGGGAACCUGGUGGUGAUGAUUGUCAUUCUUCACAAUCGGCGCUCUAUAUUGUCCACAGACAUCUACCUGCUCCAUCUGGCCACGGCUGACCUGCUCUUUGCCGUCUCUCUGCCCUUCUGGGCAGUGGAUGCCAUUUCUGGGUGGGUGUUUGGCGAUGCCAUGUGUAAGGUUGUCAGCAUGAUCCAGGAGGUGAACUUUUACAGUGGCAUCCUGUUGCUGGCCUGCAUCAGUGUUAACCGUUACUUUGCCAUCGUCCACUCUGCCCGCUCCCACAGACAGAAGCAGCCAUUCCUGAUCAAACUGGUCUGUGCUGCUGUGUGGGUGCUGUCCAUUCUCCUGUCUUUACCCAUCCUCUACAAGGGCCAAGUAAGGGCCAGCUCCAACAAAUACAUCUGUAAUGAGGAUCAUGAUGGUGAAUAUGAUGAGAAAUGGAAACUAGCCACCAAAAUCUGUCACCAUAUCAUUGGGUUUCUCAUCCCACUGGGUGUCAUAGUCUUCUGCUACAGCGUCACCAUCCAGAGACUGUGUCAAACGAAGGGAUUCCAGAAAGAGAAAGCCUUGAAGGUCAUUAUCGCCGUGGUGCUUGCUUUCCUCAUCUGUUGGGUGCCCCACAAUAUCACUGUGUUUAUCGACACUCUGGUGAGGAUGAGGUUCAUCAUGGCCUCUUGUGCUGGGCGCAACCACAUCGACCGAGCUCUGUUUGCCACCCAGAGUUUGGGGUUUCUGCACAGCUGCGUGAACCCAAUACUAUACGCCUUCAUUGGGGUGAAAUUCCGGGCGAACCUGCUCAGACUCCUGGCUGAUAAAGGACUCAUGAAGCGCACUGAGGAAUCUCAUUUUCAGAGAUCUGUCCGGCCAUCAGUCUCUGGAACAACUUCAACCGUCAUUUAGAUGCAGUGUGUAAUUAAUAGCCAGAAGAUCGAUUUUAUUUAAAUGGAAAGAUUCCAAUCCAGCUACCACAUUUCAAUGGUUUUCCCAAAUGAUUGCAUGUUUAAAUUUAGAAAAGAUUAGGAGCAGUACUAUAGACCCCUCGAUUAGAUUUGAAGAAACUUGGAAGUCUUUUAUUCAAUAUUUUCAUAUAUGUAAGUUGACCUUUUCUGAAUCCUUUAUUCAGCAAUUUUUUCUUUCUGGAUAGAGGAGUGGAGUUAAAUGACAAAAUACAAUUUUAACUGAUGAAUUAUGGCAGCCCAAUCUUUGUUUUUUUUUAGGUUAGUUUGUUCUAGUUUGUUUUUUUUUCCUCUUUUUCUUUUUUUUAUAAUUAUAAUUUUCUUUUUCAUGGUUAGUUACUAAGAGAUUGGCAGGUUAGACCCAAUUUGUUACUUGGAAUAUGUGUUUCUACUUGUUAACCAUUAUUAAUGUACUCCUGAUCUCUAUGUAUUAGUAUUAAUAUUGUUUAUUGGAAACUAAAAAAAGAUUGAAAAAGAAAGAUGCUGUGUGUAAGAUUCUGCCAUCUUUCAGUGUGAAAUUGGAAACGUGAUAAAGGACUGUUCCAACUGUUAAAAAAAAUUGGUUAAAAUCAUCAGUGGAAAGUCACUUCUAGUUUCUUACAGAUAACUUCAUUAUAAUGGAGAAACAUACUUUUGAGCAAAUGCAAACAACCAUAACUGCAAAUGCCCGGCAGCUGAAGUAAAACCAGAACUUGCUUGGAACUCUUGAGAGGCCAGGUAGGAUCUGUGGAGAGGGAAACCGACAAAAAGUCAUUGACCUGAAUUGUGAAAUUAAAAUCCGUUACUCCCACAGUGAAUCGUUCUGAACUCCUUCCAUGUUGUACAGUCCAAGCAUUCAGUACAUUGGAAAUGUACUGUUCACCAAUGAAAAUCGUUCUAAGACCAGCUUCAAAAAAAGGGCCUUUUAGCUGAAGAUUGAGGGAUGUGGAGUCUAUCCAACCACAAUAAUCAGAAACAAUAGAAUGCGUUUAGCAUAGAGUCACAGGGCAAUGCAGUAGGGAUACAGGCCUUUCGUCCCAUCCUGGCCAUGGUGCCCACCCAGCCACUCCCAGUUUCCUGUGUUUUUCCUCUAAGCUCCACCCCUCCAGUACCUAUCCACGUUCUUCUUCAAUUACACUAUUGUACCUGCCUCAGCCACUUCUUCUGACAACUCGUUCCGCACGCUCACCACUCUCUGGGUGAAAAAGUUGAGCAUCAGGUCUCUUUUAAAUUUUUCUCCUCUCAUCCUAAAUUUGUUCCUCAUAGUUUGGGGGGUGGGGGGGGGGAAGACU